ACUUCUUCUGACACUAGAUGGCAAUGUUUCAUGCGCAACUCAACGCAACGCGAGAAGAACUACACUGAACUCAACAUGGCUUCGUGCAGCAGGACUCAAGUGAUCUCGCUCUACAGGAUGCUUGUGAAAGAGAGUAAAAAAUUCUCCUCAUAUAAUUACAGAACAUACGCACUUCGCAGAGUGAAAGAUGGCUUCAGGGAGAACCUUCAUGUUGACAACCCCAAAACACUGGAUAUGCUCAUAAAUCAAGCUAGAGAGAACCUGGCCGUCAUUAAGAGACAGGUUUCCAUUGGCCAUCUGUAUUCUGCUCAGAGGACUGUUGUUGAAAAAGAGCCUCAUUUAUAAAUGUCUUAAGCAGCAAAAUUUGUUAUUAAUGACAAAUCUGUUUAUCCUACGAGCUGCGCCACUAGUUGACCUUCUCUGUAAAAUUGUAUAUGAUAGUAUACUGUAAAUGUAUGUUCAUGUUAAUAAAAGCAAAUAGCCUAUCUAUA